GAUAUUUGAAAUUAAACAGAAUCUCCGCUGCUGAGGAGAACGGCGUCGUCUUCGCUGGGAUUAAAGUAUUGCUUUUAAUGGGUUUUAUCGCUUUUAAAAAGCACACGCCGUCGGUUUAGCGAAUGGUAGCGGGUUAUUAACACGACGAGGGGGAAAUCAUCGCGUUUCUGUCGGGUUUGAGGAGGAUUUUUUCGUGUGGAAUCGGCUGAAGGAGAACAUGGAAACCGCUGCGAGAAUCAAAUCCAGCAAAGACCUGAAGAUUAAUCGACCUGAACAUGAGAAAGUUUCUGCCGGCGGACCCAAGAGAGUCCCGGUGACCCAGACCGCUCCGAAGCCUGCGUCCGCGCGUGUUCUCGGCACGGCCCCGGGGCCCCAGCGCGUCCAGCGCCCCACGGGUCAGCAGAAACCGGUCGGGGUCUCGGUUCCUGUGAAAGCGGCGUGUCCGGGAGAUCAGAACAUCAAUCCAGCAACGCAGACCAAACCCCAGCCGAAGUCACUUCCUGUAGCUGAGUCUACAAAACCCAGCGGCAAACAGGACCGACCUCAGCAAUUUCCUUCCACUGGAUCGUCCAAUACUGCCAAGAAAGCGUGGAGUUUAGAGAAUUUCGACAUCGGCCGAGCUCUGGGCAAAGGAAAGUUCGGCAGUGUGUAUCUGGCCAGAGAACGGCAGACCAAGUUCAUCCUGGCGCUGAAAGUCCUGUUCAAGAAGCAGCUGGAGAAAGCUGGAGUGGAGCAUCAGCUGAGGAGGGAGGUGGAGAUACAGUCACAUCUCAGACAUCCCAAUAUCCUGCGUCUUUAUGGUUACUUCCACGACACGGCGCGUGUUUAUCUCAUCCUGGAGUUCGCUCCUAAAGGAGAGCUGUACGGAGAGCUCCAGCGCUGCGGGACCUUCGAUGACCAGCGGAGCGCCACGUAUAUAAUGGAGCUGGCAGACGCUCUGAACUACUGUCACUCCAAGAACGUGAUUCACAGAGACAUUAAACCUGAGAAUCUGCUCCUGGGCUCCAGUGGAGAACUCAAGAUCGCUGACUUCGGGUGGUCCGUCCACACGCCCUCCUCCAGGAGGUCGACGCUGUGUGGAACGCUGGACUAUCUUCCUCCAGAGAUGAUCGAGGGUAAGACACACGAUGAGAAGGUGGAUCUGUGGAGUCUCGGGGUGCUCUGCUAUGAGUUUCUGGUUGGUCGUCCACCUUUCGAAACCAAAAGCCACGAGGAGACGUACCGCAAGAUUUCUAGAGUGGAGUUCUCGUACCCGUCUCACGUCAGCGAGGGCAGCAGGGAUCUUAUUAACCGCUUGCUGAAACACAACCCCAUGCAUCGGCUCCCUAUCCAGGGCGUCAUGGUGCACCCGUGGGUGCUGGAGAACUCCUCUAAGAAACCAACCACGCAGACCAACAACUAGGACCCAAACCUUUCUUCAGACUCUACUCGCCUGACCUGAUGAAGGCCCGUCAGUAAUUCACCGUUACUGAUCUCUUCUGCAACCACAGACUUGGCGUCGAUUUGUUCGUUGUUUUUACAUGUGCUGUAUUUACUGUUGUAAAUAUGUAAUUAAGCCACAUUGUAAAGUUUUAACAAUUACUUGAAACAAUAAAUGUUCUUUUAUUACUUAA